CCCCCUUUCACCAGGGUCUGGGUCCCCGGCGCAGCCCGAGAGGCACCCCGGCACUGGGAGCACUGGUCAGGCUGGGAGCAGCCAUGGGGGAMACGCUCGGAGCUGGAUCCCUGCGGAGCCUUGUCCAGCUCGCCUGGAUGUGCCUGUUCUCCUGUGUGCCGCGCGGCGGGGCCAAGGURCUGGAGAAGACCUUCGAGGAGUGGCUGCGGUACCGUGACGAGUGCCUGAGGAGGAUGGCGAGCGAGCCCUACCCGGCAGGGCUGUUCUGCAACAGGACCUUCGACAUGUACGCCUGCUGGCCCGACGGGAGCCCCGGCACCGCCGUCAACGUCUCCUGCCCCUUCUACCURCCCUGGUUCGAGAAAGUGAAACACGGGCUGGUGAGCCGCAGGUGCGGCACCGACGGCCAGUGGGUGACAGUGAACGGCAGCCAGCCCUGGAGAGACUACUCACAGUGCGAGGACGAGCUGGAGGUCACUGCUGAGGAGGAGGGCGCCCGCCGGCUCAUGGUGAGCUUCAAGGUGCUCUACACCGUGGGCUACUCGCUGUCGCUGCUCACGCUCAUCUCCGCCCUGCUGGUCCUCACCGCCUGCAGGAACCUGCGCUGCACCCGGAAUUACAUCCACGCCAACCUGUUCGCCUCCUUCGGCCUGCGGGCCACCUCGGUGAUGGUGAAGGACGCGCUGCUGGAGCGGCGCUGGGGCGUGCAGCUGCUGCAGGUGGCCGACUGGGAGGCUCUGCUGAGCCACGAGGCAGCACUGGGGUGCCGUGCGGCGCAGGUGCUGAUGCAGUACUGCAUCCUGGCCAACCACUACUGGUUCCUGGUGGAAGCUGUCUACCUCUACAAGCUGCUCAUCGGGGCCGUGUUCUCCGAGAAGAAUUACUACAGGCUCUACCUCUACCUGGGCUGGGGGACCCCCGUGGUGUUCGUGGUGCCCUGGAUGGCGGCCAAGUACCUGAAGGAGAACGCAGAGUGCUGGGCACUGAACGAGAACAUGGCUUACUGGUGGAUUAUCCGCAUCCCCAUCCUGCUGGCAUCCCUGAUCAACCUGCUCAUCUUCAUGCGGAUCCUCAAGGUGAUCCUGGCCAAGCUCCGGGCCAACCAGAAGGGUUACGCCGACUACAAGCUGAGGCUGGCCAAAGCCACCCUCACCCUCAUCCCCCUCUUUGGGAUCCACGAGGUUGUCUUCAUCUUUGCCACCGAUGAGCAAACCACGGGCRUCCUGCGCUAUGUCAAGGUGUUCUUCACCCUCUUCCUCAACUCCUUCCAGGGCUUCCUGGUGGCCGUGCUGUACUGCUUUGCCAACAAGGAGGUGAAGUCUGAGAUGAAGAAGAAGUGGCAGCUCUGGAAGCUCGAYCACCCGGUGCUCUGCUGUGCUCAGUGAGGUGGUGACCAGCCAGGGCAGAGGGGCCGCUGACCACGAUGGCCACGGGACCUGGCUGGAGGGCAGGGGCUGCAGGGAGCCGUGCUGGGCAGUGUCCACCCGGGAUGGCCAGGCUGUGUCACACUGGAGCUGCUGGAAGGGACAUCCCUGCUGUUACCUGAGGUGGCACCUGUGGCUCCUGCCAGGCAGGCUGUCCCCUCAGCAGGGUCUCACCUGUGCCUGGGAGAUGUGUGGGCACCACCGGCUGCUUCCUCCCCUGGCCUGGGCAGCUGCAGAACCCAGCAGCCUCCCCAGGACACCCACCCCUUCCUGGGACCCCCUGGAACACCCACACCUCCCUGAAUACCCCUGGAAUACCCACAUCUUCCUGGGAUCCCCUGGAACACCCACACCUUCCUGGGACCCCCUGGAACAUCUACACCUCCCUGGGCACCCCUAGAACACCCACGCCUCCCUGGGCACCCCUGGGAUGGCAGCAGCCGGGGGGAGCCUGGCCCUCAGCAGGGGCAAUGGGAGGCGCUGCUCAGCCCGGACCUGCUGCCCAAACCCCACAYCCAGGGCUCCCCUGUCCUCCCCUCACAGAGGGGCUGCCUCUGCAGCACCCUGACAGCUCCCAGACACCCACAGCCCCUGUAAAGCCCAUCACAGCGAGGUGCUGCUCCUGCACCUCCUCCCCAGCCUGGUCAGCAACCCAGAACAGCAGCACCUGUCCCCUUCCUUGCUGCACCCUCACCAAGGACAGACAAAGCCUCAGCUCUGUCACUUGGGAGUGAAGGAUUUAAGAGCAGCAGCUCACCAGAGCCAAGCCUGACCUCCCACACCCCAGCUCCAGCACCCAGCCCAGCCACCUCCUCCUCUAGGGAGGAAAGGUUGGGCUUGCAGGCCUGGCAGAAGCUCAGGAACCGAUUUUCUGGCCAAAGGCUGAGAUCCCGAGAGUUUCCUUUCCAGUGGGUGCCAAAGCACAAGCCCAGCCUGGCCAAGCAGCCCGUGGGUGCCAGGGAGCCUGGGAGCGAGGAACAGGACUGUCUGUGCCCGGCUCCUGGGCCGGCCCUGAGCCCUCCUGGAGGAGCCCGGAGCAGCUGCGGACACCCCCAGCACCAGCCCCWGCCCAGACCCUCAGCAGCAGCAUGGACACACUGCCAUGGCUCGUUCCAGCCACCUUCCUUCCCUUGCCGUGCACUAAAGUCCCCUCCAGGCCGGAGGGACCUGCCAGGACUCUCCAGGAGAUGCCCACAGACACAGGAGGGUCUCCAGCUCCUGCCCCUUCCCCGACAGGCUGGGGGAGCCUCUCYCAGUGCCUCACGGAGGGGCUGCCUGGAGCACACAGAACAGAGAGCAAGGCGGAGAGGAGAUCCAGGCUGGAGACACACAGGAGUUGUUCUGGAUCGCUGUAACCCCCACGAGAUCAUUUUACACAUUAACUCACUUUUCAGAUGUAAAUAAAUAUUUAUUUUUC